AUGGUCCUAUGGCAUCCCCCUGAUGCACCUUGGGUGAAGCUGAACACUGAUGGUGCCUUCUCUACUUCGACACUCGAAGCGGGGGGAGGGGGAGGAUUGGUUCGUGGUUCUGAUGGAGGCCUUCUGCGCACCUUCUGUGCUCCGGUAGCUGCAUCAUCGAGCUUUGAUGCGGAGCUUCUGGCUCUGAUUCGGGGUUUGGAGAUGGCUAUGGAGCUUUCUACUCACAUUUGGAUAGAGCUGGACUCAGCGGUUCUGUCGGUAUCUGAUACCACAAAUCCCAUAGUAAUCCUGGAAUUUGCUAAUGUAUGCUCUUACAUCAUCACACACCCUUCCAAAUUAGAACCUUCCAACCCUCCAUUAUUUAUCCCCCCUCUCCCACAUUACAAACCACACACUAUCUCCAUAAUGGAACCGCCUCAUUUCGUGAUGUUCCCCUUCAUGGCGCAAGGCCACCUGAUCCCCGCCGUCGACAUCGCCAAGAUGCUCGCAAAGCGCGGCGUCACGGUGUCAAUCCUCGUGACCCCGAAGAACGGGUGCAGGGUCAAGAAAGUGGUGGACCGUGCCAUUGCCUCCGGGCUGAGCAUCCGCGUGGUCCACCUCAGGCUGCCCUGCGCGGAGGCCGGGCUGCCCGAUGGCUGCGAGCAUUUCGACACGCUCCCGUCCAAGCACCUCGUGAUGAACUUCUUCAAGGCCGCCGCCAUGCUGCGAGGCCAGGUCGAGGCCUUUCUCGUCCGAGUUAAUCCCACUUGCCUGAUAGCCGACAUGUGCUUCCCCUGGGCCACCAAUAUGGCCGCGCAGCUCGGAAUCCCUCGCCUUGUCUUCCACGGCACCAGCUGCUUCUCCCUCACCUGCGUUAACGUGUUGCAAAACUCUUCGUUUUUAGAAGAUAUAGCUUCGGAUAGAGAGUAUUUUGUAGUGCCAGGAUUGCCACACCGGAUAGAGAUCACGAAAAUCCAGGCCAGGGGGUCUGUCGAGGAUCUCGAUCCGGAAUGGGUCGAGAUCCAGAAGCAGGUGUUCAACUCCGAGGAAGGCGCGGCCGGGACAGUGGCCAACACUUUCCAGGAGCUGGAGAGUGAAUACGCCAACGAAUACAGAAAACUCAGAUCCAAAAAGGUGUGGUGCGUUGGACCGGUUUCGCUCUGCAACGUGGAGGAGUCCGACAAGGCAGAGCGAGGAAACACGGCCGCAAUCGAAGGCCACGACUGCUUGAAAUGGCUGGACUCCCACGCGCCGGGAUCCGUCAUCUACACCUGCCUCGGGAGCAUAUCGCGCGUGGGCGAUUCACAGCUCGUGGAGAUGGGACUAGGCCUGGAGGCCUCCAACCGCCCGUUCGUGUGGGUGAUAAGGAACGCCUCGGGAUCGUUCGAGGCGUGGCUGUCGGAGGAGAAAUUCGAGGAGCGCGUGAAAGGGAGGGGGCUCUUGAUCCGGGGGUGGGCCCCGCAGGUGCUGAUACUGUCGCACAGGGCGACUGGGGGGUUUCUGACGCACUGUGGGUGGAACUCGACGCUGGAGGGGGUGAGCGCGGGGGUGGGGAUGGUCACGUGGCCCGUGUUUGCGGAGCAGUUCUGCAACGAGAAGUUCAUCGUGGGGGUGAUCAAGACGGGGGUGAGAGUCGGGGUGGAGGAGCCGGUGCUGCUGGGGAUGGACGAGGGCGGCGAGGCACAGGUGAAGAGGGAGGAUGUGAGGAGGGCAAUUGAGGAGUUGAUGGAUGGGGGAGUGGAGGGGGCGGAGAGGAAGGAGAGGGCGCGGAGGCUCGGGGAGGCGGCGAAGAGGGCGGUGGAGGAAGGAGGGUCGUCUCAGGUUAGCAUGACGGAGCUUAUACAGGAUAUGGUGCGGCUCAAGGCUAGCUAUGCUGAUAAAUCUCCGGAUGCUGCUAAAGUAGAUGAAAUUUCUUCACUGAUUUGUACACCAGUCAACUAGAACAAACUCGAUCUUCUGAUGAUGGAAAUUGUGUUGCUCAUUCAAAUUUCUUUUUUCUUUUGGGAAUUCCCUUGAGAGAGUAGUUUGUUUUUUUUACGUGUUGCAAUAAUAUCACUGUCGUUUUAUC